AUUAGGCAUAUUAUAUUUAUUUAAUUAUGGGAGCCAUUAAAGAUUUCUUCUAUAGCUUAAUCCUCCACCCACAGAAACCCCUAAAAACCCUGUGGAUUCAAAAGUUUGUGUUAGCAGUACUUCCUUGUUCAUAUUAAAUAGUUCAAAGUUGAAAAGGUUCAACCUUUUUCCUGCGUAAAACAUUGAGAUUUGAAUGAAACCCAUUUUCAAGUGACCAGCCAUAACAUUAAAACCACUGAAUAACAUUUUGCACCUGUAAAGGGGUGGGAUAUAUUAGGCAGGAAGUGAACAGUCAGUUCUCGAAGUUGAUGUGUUGGAAGCAGGAAAACUGGGCAAGAGUAAGGAUCUGAGGGACUUUGACAAGGGUUAAAUUGUGAUGGCUGGACGACUGGGUUAGAACAUCUCCAAAACAGCAGGUCUUGUGGGGUGUUUUCAGUAUGCAGUGGUUUGUACCUACGGAAAGUGGUAAAAGGCAGAACAACCGGUGACUAGGUCUGGGGCUCUCAAGGCUCGUCGAUGAAGGUGGGGAUUGAAGGCUAACCCGUCUGGGCCGAUCCCAUAGAAGAGCUACUGUAGCACAAAUGGAGGACCAUGGAGCAAUGGAAGAAGGUGGCCUGGUCUGAAGAAUCAUGUUUUCUUUUAUAUCAUGUGGACAGUUGGGUGCAGGUGUGUGAAUUACCUGGGGAAGAGAUGGCACCAGGAUGCACUAUGGGAAGACGGCAAGCUGGCAGAGGCAGUGUGACGCUCUGGGUAAUGUUCUGCUGGGAAACCUGGGGUCCUGACAUUCAUGUGGUUGUUACUUUGACAUGUACCACCUACCUAAACAUUGUUGCAGACCGAGUACACUCCUUCAUGGUAACGGUAGUCCUUAAUUACAGUGUCCUCUUUCAGCAGCAUAAUGCUCCCUACUACACUGCAAAAAUUGUUCAGGACCGGUUUGAGGAACAUGACAAUGAGUUCAAGGUGUUGACUCGGCCUCCAAAUUCCCCAGAUCUCAAUCUGAUCGUGCGUCUGUGGGAUGUGCUGUACAACCAAGUCCGAUUCAUUGAGGCCCCACCUCACAACUUACAGGACUUAAAGGAUCUGCUGCUAACGUCUUGGUGCCAGAUACCACAGCACACCUUCAAGGUCUUGUGGAGUCCAUGCCUCCACAGAAAGUUCCGACUGGCCAACCUGCAGUUCCAGCCAUCAGUCCCAAUGAGCCUAGUAAAGGCAACCUGGGAUUUAUCCAUGCGUUUGUGGCAGCGAUUUCGGUCAUCAUCGUCUCCGAGCUGGGAGAUAAGACUUUCUUCAUUGCAGCCAUCAUGGCCAUGCGCUAUAACCGUCUCACUGUCUUAGCAGGGGCCAUGCUGGCUCUGGGUCUCAUGACCUGCCUGUCAGUCCUCUUUGGUUAUGCCACCACUAUUAUCCCACGGAUCUACACCUACUACAUCUCCACAGUGCUGUUUGCCAUCUUCGGCGUGAGGAUGUUGAGAGAGGGGCUGAAGAUGAGCGCUGACGAAGGCCAGGAGGAACUUGAAGAGGUUCAGGCUGAGAUUAAGAAGAAAGACGAGGAGCUUCAGCGUUAUAAACUGGCCAACGGGGCUCCUGAUGUAGAGGUGGGGACAGCGGGGGCCAUGUUGCCUCAGAGGAAGUGGCACAAUUGUAUCUCGCCCAUCUUCAUCCAGGCACUCUCACUCACUUUCCUCGCUGAGUGGGGUGACCGCUCUCAGCUCGCCACCAUCGUUCUGGCUGCACGGGAGGAUCCAUUUGGCGUGGCGGUGGGUGGAACUCUGGGACAUUGCCUCUGCACAGGCCUGGCUGUGGUUGGUGGAAGGAUGGUGGCUCAGAAAAUAUCAGUCAGGACUGUUACAAUCAUCGGCGGAAUCGUGUUUCUUGCUUUUGCUUUCUCUGCCCUCUUCAUCAAGCCGGAUACUGGAUUCUGAUAAGAGGACAUACUUUCUGGGCUCAGUCUGUAAAUACCAGCUCCGAUGUGCUGUAUUCACAAAGAUGGACUACGUAAAGGCCGCCAUUAAAGGGUGGUACGUGUGUGUGUGAAAGCAAAGUGUUACUGUUUAAGACCCUGUCACAGACCAUUGGAUUUUAUUGUGGUUAGGUUUUUUUUCUUCUCUUCUCACUUAAUUAUGCGAUGUGUGUCCUUUUAAUAGCGGUUUAAUUUCCUUUACUUCUAUCCCCUAUGAAUUCAUUGUAUCUUCUCUCAUACAGUUUUCUCUUCCCAUCACGCCCAUAAACCUACAGUCAGUGUGCAUGAGCUGGUCAGGCUGUUUGAAUGUUUGGAAUGCAAUGUGUGUGCAUUCAGUUCACAGCCUUACAGUGCAACUCUGUAAUAAGCACAACCAAGGAGCAAGUGCCCAGUUUUAGAGAAGUAAUUAUGUACAUCACUGUGUCCUUUCACUCAUGGGAUGAUGCCUGUUUGUAGUAAAAUGCAGUAAGUAGUCUUGCAAGCCCAACCGCUAAGCUCGCGUUAGAGAGCGUGCUACGUUUCGGCAAUAAACGCAGCCAAGAACCACCUACUUUUGUUGACUAAGUAAAACCAUCUAAUAAGGUUUAGACUGUAUUCCAUUAUUCUAUGUUGGUCUGUUUGAGUUUGUAUUCCUACUGGAACAAAAGCAGGGAAGUGUGGAAGUUGGUCAGCAUUCAUGAUCCUGAACGUUGUGGCCUGAAAAGUGUACAAAAGUGUCAGGUGCUUAUACUUUAGCACAAAUCUAAAGAGGCAGAGUGACUUUGUUUGGGGCCAGAAGGAAAAUGACUUUCAUUUAUGUCUGAAGAAUUUCUUUUAAUCAAUGUCAAUGAGUCCUGUACUUCAGCUGCAUCCCCCCCCUCCCAUAGCUAAGCUCUCUUAAGAGACCAGCAGAAUUUUUUUUUAAUAAAUAUAUAUAUAUUUGAUCAUUUAUUCAGUACUCCACUUCAAAGAAAAUUAACAGCUGGUCUAGGAAAAAUUAUUUUUAUUCAUCUUUAGAGCAUUGAUUUGUUUCACCCCCAUGUCAAAGUACUGUAGAACUUUCAGGGAAGACAUUGCUGGGUUUUGUACAGUUUAAGGUGACAUCUUUGUCAAUAUUUGACUGGAUUUAUUCAUCUGUGAAGGGCAAGUAAAUUCACUAUUCAUUGUGCAGAGGAGUUGACUGUAAAAAUUCCUGUAAAUAAUAAAUUAAACUAUAAGUAUGGCUUUUUAUGCCUGUAGCUCGUG